AUGGGGGGAGACAUUGGUCUGACAGAGAGGUUCGAGCUCUCCUUACUGUCUGGGCUGACCGGGAAGUUCACAAGCAGCUCCAACGUUAAACGCUCCCAUUGGAAGGGUACCAAGUGAAAGGAAUCCGGAACUUCACCAAACAUGCAGAACACAGCAGAACUGAAAUUAGGACAAAAACUGAACGAGGGCAAGACCAAGCAGAUAUUUGAGCUGGUGGAUGAGGCCGGUCAUGUUCUGGUCCAAUCUAAAGAUCAGAUUACAGCGGGCAAUGCGGUUAGGAAGGAUCAGAUGGAAGGCAAAGCCGCUAUCGCCAAUAACACCACCUGCUGUGUGUUCAAACUAUUGCAGGAUGCUGGAAUCAUGACAGCAUUUAUCAGGCAACACUCUGAGACUGCGUUCGUGGCAACCCGCUGUGAGAUGAUACCCAUUGAGUGGGUCUGCAGACGGAUCGCCACAGGCUCCUUCCUUAAACGAAACCCUGGAGUAAAAGAGGGCUUCUGCUUCGCUCCUCUAAAGAUGGAGAUGUUCUUCAAGGAUGAUGCCAACAAUGAUCCUCAAUGGUCAGAGGAGCAGUUAUUGGCUGCUGGCUUUGGACUGGCAGGCCUGACCAUCGGCCGCUGUGAGGUGGACAUCAUGAGCAAAAGCACUAUGGCCAUUUUUGAAGUCCUAGAGAAAGCCUGGGCCACACAGGACUGCACUCUGGUGGAUAUGAAAAUAGAAUUUGGUGUGAAUGUGGCCACUAAAGAGAUUGUGCUGGCUGAUGUGAUUGACAACGACUCAUGGAGGCUGUGGCCGGCUGGGGAUCGCAGCCAGCAGAAAGACAAACAGGUGUACCGUGACUUGAAAGAAGUUACUCCGGAGGCCAUGCAGAUGGUGAAGAGGAACUUUGAGUGGGUUGCUGAGCGAGUGAAGCUGCUCCUGGAGUCAACAGGAAAAGGAAGAGUUGUGGUUCUGAUGGGUUCUACUUCAGAUGUCGCUCACUGUGAAAAGAUCCGCAAGGCUUGUGGUUCAUAUGGAAUUCCCUGCCAUCUUCGAGUGACCUCGGCUCAUAAAGGCCCGGAUGAGACACUCCGUAUAAAAGCUGAAUAUGAAGGUGAUGGAGUGCCCACCAUAUUUGUUGCAGUUGCAGGAAGAAGUAAUGGCCUAGGUCCUGUGAUGUCAGGGAGCACCACUUACCCUGUUAUUAACUGUCCUCCUAUUACCUCUGACUGGGGUGCUCAGGAUAUCUGGUCAUCUCUACGCAUGCCUAGCGGUUUAGGCUGCUCCACGGUUCUUUCUCCUGAAGCCGCUGCCCAGUUUGCAGCUCAGAUUCUGGGUCUUAAUGAUCACACGAUUUGGGCCAAACUUCGGGCCUCAAUGCUAAACACCUGGAUCUCCCUAAAACAGGCUGACAAGAAACUACAAGCAUGCACCUUGUAAAGGACCAGCAUUGUCAUUCCCUUUAACCACUUUGUACAUUUUCUGUCUUUAAAGAAGCUCAUGUGAAACAUUGAGCUAGAACCUUUUUGCAAUAAUACCACUUUCAGGUGUA